AUGACUGGUUUGAAAUACGAUCCUGAAUACCUCAAAGCUCUUGGGCCCGUUACGAAGGGACCCAAGCCCGAGCCAUCGAGAUCUGUCUUUGAGAUCAGGAAGAGUACCGAAGAAGUCAUCCGGCAAGUCGUCACGAAUUCUCCAUACCCCGAUGGCGUGAAGGAGACCGUGUUCAAAGUCAAAAGUUAUGACGGUAUCGAGAUUGAAGUCACCCGCUUUGCCUCCGAGGAGACGUUGGCUGUGGACAAGCCUACGCCCGCUGUGAUGUACUUUCACGGCGGCGGUUACGUCUCUUGUUAUGUAGAGCUGUUUGCGCCUCAAAUCGCUCGCUUCGCGAAUGAUUCAAAGCUUCCAUACUUCGCGGUAUCUUACCGGCGAGCACCGGAACAUCCUGCUCCUGCUGGUGUCGAAGACGGGUAUGCGGCUCUUCAAUUUGUGUCGAAGUCUGCAGUAGAGCUUAAGGUCGAUCCUACGAAGAUCGCUCUGCACGGCGACAGCGCUGGUGGUGGCCUCGCCGCGGGUCUUGCUUUAAUGGCGAGAGAUCGACAGCUUGAUCCUCCAAUUGCGAAACAACUACUCGUAUACCCAAUGCUCGAUGACCGAGAUCAUGUUGAGAAAGAUGAUCCAAUCCUUGACCUCAUGGUCUGGAAGCCUGAUGGCGCCAAACUUGCAUGGGACGUGUACGCUUCUGAGGUUCGAGAGAAGAAUGAUCCUCAAGGUCUAUCUUACGCAAUUCCAGCUCGGGCUGCAACGCUUCGAGGCCUGCCUUCUACUUAUAUCGACGUGGGAUGUCUCGAUCUGUUUAGGGAUGAGAAUCUGGAGUAUGCAAAGAGGUUAGCUAACGAUCAUGUUGAAGUCGAGUUCCAUCUUUGGCCGGGGCUGCCCCAUGGUUUUGAUGGGAUGAGAGAUAUCACUUGGUUUGCGAGGUGCCAGGAGAGUCGCAUAAGUGCCCUGAGAAGGAUGUGA